AUGUGGAGAUCACCCCCUGGCCGAGCUACAGAGACCCUGGUCCCGCGCUUGCAUGUGGAUUUUGGGCGCCCCUUCAAAGGCCACUACUUGGAGGUCCUACCUGUCACCACUCCUUCAGCAGGCGCGACCAUUGUGGCGCUGCAACAGGUCUUCGCCACCCAAGGGUUGCCGGACGUCAUCAUGUCUGACAAUGGCCCCGCUUUUGCCAGCACAGAGUACCUGGCCUGGCUAAUGAAGAACAGAAUCCGCCGGAUGAUGGUUCCGCCGUACCACGCUGCUUCAAAUGGUGCAGCCGAGAGGGUGGCGCAGACGAUUACGGACAAGCUCAAGAAGAGUAAGGCUGGAGAUUUCCGGACGCAGGUUGCCCGGGUGCUGUUUCAGUACUGGACCACACCCCACGAUGUCGCUGGCCAUGCCCCCUGUGAGCUCCUGUUGGGCAGGAUGGUCAAGACACCCUUGGACGUCUUGACCGGACCUCCGGUCCACAGUGCUCCUGAAGCAGCUGAAGCAGAAGCUGGCUGCUGA